UGUGCGCCGGGCGGGCGGGCACUGCAGCUUCUUCCUCCGUGGAGCGGAGAGCGAACGAGAGCUAGUGCGAGCGAGAGAGCGGCGAAGGCGGGCAGAGGGGCGCGGGCGAGGCGGCGCAGCCAUCCCCGGGCCAGGGGCCGCGCCGCCACCAUGCUCAACAACCUGACGGACUGCGAGGAGGGCGAUGGGGGAGCCAACCCGGGUGAUGGCAACCCCAAGGAGAGCAGUCCCUUCAUCAACAGCACCGACACAGAGAAGGGCAAGGAGUACGAUGGCAAGAACAUGGCCUUGUUUGAGGAGGAGAUGGACACCAGCCCCAUGGUGUCCUCCCUGCUCAGUGGUCUGGCCAACUACACCAACCUGCCCCAGGGAAGCAGGGAGCAUGAAGAGGCAGAAAACAAUGAGGGUGGAAAAAAGAAGCCGGUGCAGGCCCCACGCAUGGGCACCUUCAUGGGCGUGUCCCUGCCGUGCCUGCAGAACAUCUUCGGCGUCAUCCUCUUCCUUCGGCUCACCUGGGUGGUGGGCAUUGCGGGCAUCAUGGAGUCUUUCUGCAUGGUCUUCAUCUGCUGCUCCUGUACGAUGCUCACGGCCAUCUCGAUGAGUGCAAUUGCAACCAACGGUGUUGUGCCUGCUGGUGGCUCCUACUACAUGAUUUCCAGGUCUCUGGGUCCAGAGUUUGGGGGCGCCGUGGGCCUCUGCUUCUACCUGGGCACUACCUUUGCUGGGGCCAUGUACAUCCUGGGCACCAUCGAAAUCCUGCUGGCUUACCUCUUCCCAGCUAUGGCCAUCUUCAAGGCAGAAGAUGCCAGCGGGGAGGCAGCAGCCAUGUUGAACAAUAUGCGUGUGUACGGCACCUGUGUGCUCACCUGCAUGGCCACCGUGGUAUUUGUGGGCGUCAAGUAUGUCAACAAGUUUGCCCUUGUCUUCCUGGGUUGUGUCAUCCUCUCCAUCCUGGCUAUCUAUGCUGGGGUCAUCAAGUCUGCCUUCGACCCACCCAACUUCCCGAUCUGCCUCCUGGGGAACCGCACGCUGUCUCGCCAUGGCUUUGAUGUCUGCGCCAAGCUGGCUUGGGAAGGAAAUGAGACGGUGACCACGCGACUCUGGGGCCUUUUCUGCUCCUCCCGCUUCCUCAAUGCCACCUGUGAUGAAUACUUUACCCGAAACAAUGUCACGGAGAUCCAGGGCAUUCCUGGUGCUGCCAGUGGCCUCAUCAAAGAGAACCUCUGGAGCUCCUACCUGACCAAGGGGGUGAUUGUGGAGAAGAGUGGCAUGCCCUCGGUGGGCCUGGUGGAUGGCACUCCUGUCGACAUGGACCACCCCUAUGUCUUCAGUGAUAUGACCUCCUACUUCACGUUGCUGGUUGGCAUCUACUUCCCCUCAGUCACAGGGAUCAUGGCUGGCUCUAACCGCUCUGGGGACCUGCGGGAUGCCCAGAAGUCAAUCCCCACCGGCACCAUCCUGGCCAUCGCCACCACCUCUGCUGUCUACAUCAGCUCCGUUGUUCUGUUUGGGGCCUGUAUAGAGGGGGUUGUUCUGCGGGACAAGUUUGGUGAAGCUGUGAAUGGCAACCUGGUGGUGGGCACACUGGCCUGGCCAUCUCCCUGGGUCAUCGUCAUCGGGUCCUUCUUCUCCACCUGUGGGGCUGGGCUGCAGAGUCUCACGGGGGCCCCACGCCUGCUGCAGGCCAUCUCGCGGGAUGGCAUCGUACCCUUCCUGCAGGUCUUUGGCCACGGCAAAGCCAACGGAGAGCCCACCUGGGCCCUGCUCCUGACUGCCUGCAUCUGUGAGAUCGGCAUCCUCAUCGCAUCUCUGGACGAGGUUGCCCCCAUCCUCUCCAUGUUCUUCCUGAUGUGCUACAUGUUUGUGAACCUGGCCUGUGCAGUGCAGACACUGCUGAGGACGCCCAACUGGAGACCGCGCUUCCGAUAUUACCACUGGACCCUCUCCUUCCUGGGCAUGAGCCUCUGCCUGGCCCUUAUGUUCAUCUGCUCCUGGUAUUAUGCGCUGGUGGCCAUGCUCAUCGCCGGACUCAUCUACAAGUAUAUUGAGUACCGUGGGGCAGAGAAGGAGUGGGGUGACGGGAUCCGAGGCCUGUCUCUCAGUGCUGCUCGCUAUGCCCUUUUACGCUUGGAGGAAGGGCCCCCGCACACCAAGAACUGGAGGCCCCAGCUGCUGGUGUUAGUGCGUGUGGACCAAGACCAGAAUGUGGUGCACCCCCAGCUGCUCUCACUGACCUCCCAGCUCAAGGCCGGGAAAGGCCUGACCAUUGUGGGCUCUGUCCUUGAGGGCACCUUUCUGGACAACCAUCCCCAGGCCCAGAGGGCAGAAGAGUCCAUUCGGCGCCUGAUGGAGGCGGAGAAGGUGAAAGGAUUCUGCCAGGUGGUGAUCUCCUCCAACCUGCGAGACGGCGUGUCCCACCUGAUCCAGUCCGGGGGCCUCGGGGGACUACAGCACAACACCGUGCUGGUCGGUUGGCCCCGUAACUGGCGGCAGAAGGAAGACCAUCAGACAUGGAGGAAUUUCAUCGAACUGGUCCGGGAAACCACAGCUGGCCACCUGGCCCUGUUGGUGACCAAGAACGUCUCUAUGUUUCCCGGGAACCCUGAGCGCUUCUCUGAGGGCAGCAUCGACGUCUGGUGGAUUGUGCACGACGGGGGCAUGCUCAUGCUGCUGCCCUUCCUGCUGCGCCACCACAAGGUCUGGCGGAAGUGCAAGAUGCGUAUCUUCACUGUGGCCCAGAUGGACGACAAUAGCAUCCAGAUGAAAAAGGACCUGACCACAUUUCUGUACCAUUUACGUAUCAACGCGGAGGUCGAGGUGGUGGAGAUGCACGAGAGCGACAUCUCCGCUUACACCUAUGAGAAGACGUUGGUGAUGGAGCAGCGCUCCCAGAUCCUCAAACAGAUGCAUUUAACCAAGAACGAGCGGGAGCGGGAGAUCCAGAGUAUCACAGAUGAAUCACGAGGCUCCAUCCGGAGAAAGAAUCCAGCCAACACUCGGCUCCGCCUCAAUGUCCCGGAAGAGACGGCUGGUGACAGCGAGGAGAAGCCAGAGGAGGAGGUGCAGCUGAUCCAUGAUCAGAGCGCUCCCAGCUGCCCCAGCAGCUCGCCGUCCCCAGGGGAGGAACCUGAGGGGGAGGGGGAGACAGAUCCUGAGAAGGUGCAUCUCACCUGGACCAAGGACAAGUCGGUGGCAGAGAAGAAUAAAGGCCCCAGUCCCGUCUCCUCUGAGGGCAUCAAGGACUUCUUCAGCAUGAAGCCGGAGUGGGAGAACUUGAACCAGUCCAACGUGCGGCGCAUGCACACGGCCGUUCGGCUGAACGAGGUCAUCGUGAAGAAGUCCCGGGAUGCCAAGCUUGUUUUGCUCAACAUGCCCGGCCCCCCCCGCAACCGCAAUGGUGACGAAAACUACAUGGAGUUCCUCGAGGUCCUCACGGAGCACCUGGACCUCUCUUCCGGACGAGGCGAGACAAGCGUCCAGCGUUUCCUGGAUUCGCCUCCCAGCGACGUGGGCUUCCACGGCUGCAGAGACGCGCGCGCCCUCUUCUCCCGGCUCUUAUGCAAGUUGGGGCCAGGAUGGGGAGGGGGAGAAACCGAGAGGCCCGCGCCCCACCGAGGAAGCCCCGCCCCGGUGCCUUCGCUGGGGAGCAGGCGUCUCUCCUCAGUCGGCUUGUCGCCUGCUCCCCCAUCCCAUGGCUCCUCGCCAAAGACUGAAAUCGUGGAGCUGGAGGGCGCCCCCUCCCCGGAGUUUCUUCCCUGGGACAGGGGCUGUCGAGACUAUGAUCCACGGGGCUCCAAUGAGUACAAGCCCUAG